AUGGAACAAGCCAAGGAAGCGGCGCAAGCCAGAGGUGAAAAGCGGAAGCAACCAACCGCCGCACCAGCAUUCCCUGGGCAAGGAAUGGCGUCCCCGUUGAAACGGCUGAGGGGGAAACAACCACUAGGAGGACCAGGCACAAAGUUAGAGGAAAGCAAAGGUGACGCAGAGCAACGCCUCCAGGCGGAGGGUGCCGCGUCGCUUGGCCAAGCCAAGGACAUUUAUGUCAGCUCUCCUGCAGCGGAAAGCCAGCAUGAGAACAAGAUCGGCAAAGAGGUGCCAACAAACCGUUUGCCAGAGGCAACAGACGCGGAUUCGAAGACGGCCGGUGGCCCCCCAGCACGGCGCUUACGGACAAAAACACCUGCGACGUUGGCUUUGGAAAAAGGCUGUAGUUCCAAUGCUUUGCCUGGGGAGGAACUAGCGCGAAGCAUUAUCAGAAAAGCAGUAGCACGUGUGGCUGCCACCGAACAGAAAGUUGCACGCGAGAAGCAGGAAAGAGUCAUAGCCGAAGUAGUGGCGGAAAUCGCUCGAAAGCGGAAAGGGGGAGGACACGGAAGCCAAGACAAGACAUGCAAAGCUGCACGCGCCGAAGAAGAGCCCCAAAAACAGUUGGAGCCGACCUCGAUAGGGGCAGGGCAGGCAACCGGAACGAGCGAUGCCGCGCGAAAGCGUAAACGCGAAGGAAAUGCUACGCAAGAACAGACAUGCAAGGCUCCGCGCGCAGCUGACCAGCCUCAAACGUUGCCACAGCCACCGCAGCCAACGCAGGGGCAGGAACUCGCUCAAGCACGAGAGCGUUUCAUCUUGAUCCAUGCAGCAUAUCAGGAACUGUUGAGUAAAUGUGCUCGACCAAGUAGUUCUGAGGCGCCCUUUCGUGAGUCUCACCUCUUCGAAUGGGUCCGGAAGGAGAUCGAAGAAGAGUAUCGCAAAGCCGAGAAGGAGUACGAGGAGCAAAAGUUGCAACGCCAGGAGAUUGAGGAGUACAUGAACGAAUUGAGAGCGACCGGUUUGAACCUUGAUCUCUCCGAUGAAGAGCGGCAGGACAUCCUGAGAGCAUGGCACACCGUCAACGCUGCAUUCUAUGUGCACGAGGGAAGAGAGAGAUGUGCGGAAAUGCGGAUGAAGAGCAUGAAGCGCCAGAUGGGGGAUCUAAAGAGCAGCUUGAGCCGAGCCCAAAGCGAGCCCCCUCGCCCCCGCGAGGCCGUUCUCGGAGACAAGGACACAACUUCGUUUCUGGAAGUGGGUACUGCUGCCCUAAUGUACGUAGGUGAAAGCGUGACGCAGACCUGCAGUGAUGCCAAAUUCUUUUUGGGGGAGAUGGCCGAGGACUUUACCGAUACCUUGUCCAAUCUGGCAGGAUACUUCAGCACCUGGCGCUUGAUUCGGGAAGAUCGCGACGGAGAAGACGCGUCCAGCAACUGA